CUGAUGGAAAGCUACUUAUUGUACCUAUUAGGUAAACAAAUAAGCACACAAUCGGCGGGAAGCUUUCAACAAUUGAGACAACAGAAACCUACCACAGAGCUGAGCGAACGGCUUUCAUUGAUAAGAGCCGAUUGGGUGCGUCGCAGGUUUUCGUUUUCGUUCUUUUUUUUUCAUGGCUAGCAUUGACAGCGCCGACAGAGAAUUUGUCAUACUUCGGUCAUACUCCAAUUAUGGAAAGUGUCUACCCGAAAGAGCCGCUGGAGGUGCCUAAAGAGGCGCACGAGGAGCCGGAGCAACAGCAGCUGUUGGCUCCACCAGCACCGCCCAGCUAUGACCAGGCAACGGCCACGACCACGCCCACGCCUGCCCAGCCAACCGGACCCGGACCGGCAACAACAGCGACAAGCACCCAUCACACGGUGAUCGUGGUGCCCAGUUCGCCGUAUGGGCCGGAGCCACAGGAUGUACAGUGUCCGUUCUGCCACAAUUACACGCGCACCCGCGUCUCCUACAGGCCCAACUCGCGCACCCACCUGAUUGCGCUGGUGCUGUGCUUGCUGCAACUCUACUGCUGCGUGUGCCUGCCCUACUGCAUUUCCAGCUGCAUGAACACCAAUCACUACUGCGGCAUGUGCGACCGCUACCUGGGCACCUAUUUGCGCAAGUGACGCCCCCACCCCCUCCAAUAUGAACGUUUAUCUGCAGCAGCAGCAGCAGCUUUGGCUAAAAAUACAGAAUUAUACCUGAGAUGCACACAUACAUACAUAUACACAGAUACAUUUAAUUACAUACAUACAUACAUGUAUGCACAUAUCUACCUGUAUUUGAAGAGCAGGCAUUUGUGUACCUUAGAUAAAUUGUUCAAAUACAUUUGUAGUUAGUAUCUAAA